AGAGGGUGAAACUUGUGCAUGUACGCAUAAAUAUACACAUAACACGUAUAAAUAUAUUUUUACGCUUGAUGUAUGUACUUAAUCGCAUCGGUUUUUACCCACAGCGAAUACGCUCGUGCGUACUUCGUUAUUGUUACCAUGAAAUCCGCUAACUGGUAAAACGCGUGAAACUCUCCCGUGACGAAAAUCGCUGGUCCUCGUUUGUACGUUUCUUUCCUUUCGAAGAACGAUACACGCACGGCAGCAGGUUUAGAUUCGUAAUGGAAGCGAAGGCGAGUGGCCAUUAGCAGGAGGUCGGGGUGCCGGGGUACCAGCGAUUACGAUAAGUGGUAGAUAGGCGAUCGUGAGGUCGCGUCAGCUUACUUAGAAGCUCCACCAUUGUUUGUCAAUCUCGAGCGUUACGCGAAAAUCUGCAACUAUUAACGGGAACACAAACCGGAAGCCCUUACGAGAAUGACGGAGGGAAGCAAGAGGAGAUCGAAUAGUGGAACGAACGUGCGAGGAGAGUUGGCGCGACGAGUCGAACGAACCGGGUGCCUCGAGAAACAAGAAGCUUUUGCUCCCUACGAGGAUGAUUCCAGUCGUUCGAUUGUUGCUCGUGCUCUCGGCAACUGUUUCUCGGGCAAAUUGUAAGCCGCGACCAGACACUUCUCGCGAUUGCGCGCAUUCAGAGUCCACUCUCGAACGAUCCGCAACUACGGGAAUGGAGUCGGAAAUGGUAACGGGAACGAUUUCGGCGGAUGGUAACGUCGCGAUCACGAUUCUCGAGGAGCUCGAGAAUCGUUUAUCUCGUCUGGAAAGAAGACUCAGGGCGGUUGAGCAACCCGUUUGGCAGAUGAGCUCCGCCGAGGAAGAUUGGGAGAUAUGCGCGGAAGGGCCGUGUAGGUGUCAGCCGGAAACUAAAUCGGUGUCUUGUUGGAGGCAGAAUCUGUUGGAUCUUCCCGCGGCGCAACUAGUUCCUCGGGAUGUAUUGAAAUUGGACCUGGCUGGCAAUCGACUGACGGCGCUUCACAGGGAUACCUUCUUGGACAUGACGCGGUUGAAUCAUCUAGAUAUCAGCGACAACUCGAUCGAGCAUCUUCCUCUAAACUUGUUCUUCUCGCUGCACGCUGUCACGCGCAUCAGGCUGAGCAAAAAUUUUCUCGGCGAGUUGCACCGAUCUCAGUUUCUGAGCACGCGAAAUCUCCGUAUUCUGGACGCGUCGUCCAACAGGCUGCAAACUCUACCGGAAAGUCUCUUCCUAAGUACCACGUCGCUGGUACUGCUCGAUCUGUCCUGCAAUCAACUAUCGAGCUUCGCGUCGGAAACGUUUCGCGGCUUAUCGACGCUGGAGGAGCUCUUAUUAGGAAAAAAUCGUCUGUCAACCCUUCCCGUAGACCUGUUCAAGGAUCUGACGAAUCUGAAGUACCUCGGUUUGGAAGAGAACCGGCUAAAACAAUUACCCGACGAGUUGUUUCGAGCGCAAGCGUCGCUUCAGGAAUUGAACGUAAGGGGCAAUCAACUGACAGAGAUAUCCGCGAGUUUGUUGGCUCCGCUCGAACGUCUGCGCUCCCUCGAGAUGUCUAACAACAAGAUAGCCAGAAUCGAUUCGUUGGCCUUUCAUGGCUUGGUAGCGUUGAAAGAACUUCAACUGGGACACAACCGUAUACGAAACUUAACACCGGGACUAUUCUCAAAUUCUACUGGUUUGGAGAGACUGGUGUUGUAUGCAAAUGGUAUAGAAAGCCUGUCACGUGGCGCGUUUCACGGCUUGUCAAACUUGACUUCUCUGUUUCUGCACUCGAACCACCUGAGCAAUCUGCAUCCCGAUUUGUUCGAGGAUACGCCGAGUCUGCGCAAACUCAAAUAUCAACUUGGAGAACGAUGUUGCCCCGAGCCUGAAGCAACGCGAUCAGAGAAACGUUUGGCUGUUGCUUCUGUUACACAGCGAGUCUGUUUGUUUUUAAUAACGAGUUGUUCAGGCGCAAAUACAUUAUGAAAUUAUUGGUAAAUUGUACGCACCGAAGAAACGUGUUUUUCUAUCGCGACGUGUUAUCAGGUGUUUUCUGCUUUUCUUCGAUAAACAAUUUUUAUGCGAUCGAGAUAGCGAGGUAUUGAGAUUAGAUUUUCAACUUUUCUUCACCCGUUCAUGAAGGAAAAAAAAUUGUUUGCUGCUCCGAGCAGCAGACUUUUGUUAUUAUUAGACUAAUAAUAGAAACGCGAAUAAAUACGGGGAAACAUGGAACACAAACAAAAUAUUUCUCGUCGUUGCUUCAGUGAUAACCUAGUUUAACACUUUGAUUGCCACGUUGGUCAUAUACGAUUUCUCCUGUGACGCCACGGUGGUUAUCGGUGACCGGCGCGCUUCAACUUUUUACAAUUGUAAAAACUCUAUGAAAAUUGCGAGUUAGGACAUUUUGAAUAUAACCGAUAAAUAGAAGAUACUUUGAAACAAAAAGUGCCCUAUUGAACGAUUAAAUAUUUUUAUUAGAACAUCGAUAAAAAGAAAACGAGAACGAAUCUUGCAUCUAACGGUGCACUGUGUUUGCAUCCAUAUGUUUGAGAGCUAAUCUACGAAUAUUAUAAACACAGCGUAGAAGAUAAUCGUAAAAUGCUGCUUUAUAAUCGUAUAAUCGAAGUUAGAAGUGUGCACAUACCUUGCUAUUAUAUACAGAAUGAGCAAAUACCGUCUACUAAUAUCUUCUACACGUUUCAACGAUAUAUUCUGCACGUUUUGCUAACGACGAAACAACGAAUGCGAAUGGUUUGUUGAAACGAACGAAGCCUCGUUACGAUAUGUCGCUAUCAAUUGUUACCAAGACGCCACGGUAGUCACCCGUAACCACCAAUAAGAUAAACGGUCCAUCGGGGAAGAACGUUGUCUUACAUCGUCGAUUUAUUAUUAUUUUGCCAUUAUAUCCUUCGAACAAUAAAAAUACUCCCAUGGCGUGCUCAGAGAAACAUGUGAUUUCGGCGUGGCAGUCAAAGUGUUAACGUCAAUAAGCCACUAAGGAAGACACGGUAUUAUCUACAAGAGCGGUCCCGAAU